AUGCAAGCCUUACUUGCCAUCAAAGAAGGGAUAACUCAAGAUCCUUAUGGUAUUUUUACUUCAUGGAAUAGUUCAGUCCAUUUCUGCAGCUGGGAAGGUGUCACUUGUAGCCAUCUUCAUCAAAGAGUUACUAAACUGCACUUAACAUCACUUGACUUAGUAGGUACUUUGUCACCUUACAUAGGGAAUCUUACUUUUCUUACUGGUCUAAAUCUUGAGUUCAACAAUUUCCAUGGAAAAAUCCCACCUCAAGUUGAUGGUUUGUUUUGGCUUCAGCAUCUUAGUUUGACUAAUAACUCAUUUUCUGGGGAGAUACCGAUAAAUAUUUCUCGUUGUUCGAAUCUUGUUAUACUUGGUUUUGGUUGGAACCAAUUUUCUGGAAAGAUUCCAUUGGAACUUGGCUCAUUGCAAAAGCUUGAGAGAUUGCAAGUUCACGACAACAACCUCAAAGGACCAAUACCGGAAACCUUAGGUAAUCUUUCCGCAAUCAAAUCACUUUCCUUAUCGGUUAACAAUUUGGAAGGAACUAUUCCUAGUUCUCUUAGCCAAUUGAAGACAUUGAAUUUUCUUGGUUUGGAUAUAAAUAAGUUAUCUGGUUUAGUACCUGCUGCAAUUUUUAAUCUUUCAUCUCUUGAGAUUUUCACAGUUACUUAUAAUCAGUUGUAUGGAACUUUGCCAUCAGACUUUGGUUUAAGUCUUCCUAGGUUGAAAGUUCUAAAGAUUGGUCAUAAUUGGUUUACUGGACCCCUUCCAAAGUCAUUAUCUAAUGCUUCGAAUCUAGUUGAACUUGAUGCAUAUGGCAACAAUUUCACUGGCAAAGUGUCAAUUGACUUUGGCGGCUUAUCGGAUCUUUGGUGGCUGAUUCUUGCAUCAAAUUCCAUUGGAACAGGAGAAGUUGAUGACUUGAGUUUUUUCAAUUCUUUGAGUAGAUGCAGAAACCUGAAAGUUCUGGAUUUGAGUGAUUGUAAAUUUGGAGGUGUGCUACCUGAGUCUAUUGCAAAUUUAUCGACAACUCUUCUGUCACUAAGAUUGGGAGGUAAUCAACUAUUUGGUAGUGUUCAUUCAGGAAUAGGUAAUCUUGUUAACUUGACUGUAUUGCAAUUGCAAAAGAAUAAUUUUUCUGGUAGCAUUCCUGAAGUCGUUGGCAAUCUUCGUAGGCUUCAGUUAGUGGAUUUAUCUGAAAACAAAUUUUCAGGAAGUAUUCCAUCUUCUAUGUUUAACAUGACUCGAUUAUAUUCACUUCAUCUGGAAAAGAAUGAGUUAACUGGUAACAUUCCCCUUAGUUUUGGUGAUUUCCGGUACUUGCAAGAUUUAGACCUUUCUCAGAAUCAUCUAAGUGGUACCAUACCAGAUGAAGUUAUGAGUUUAUCUUCCUUAACAAAUUCUCUUAAUCUUGCUGACAAUCAAUUGUCCGGUCCGCUAUCAGUUGAAAUUGGAGCUCUCAACAAUCUUAGGAGAUUGGAUAUUUCUAAUAACAUGUUGUCUGGGAAAAUUCCUAGUAGCAUAGGGAGGUGUGUAACUUUGGAGAGCCUUCUUUUAGCUGGCAACUUCUUUGAAGGUAUAAUUUCUUCAUCCAUUAGUUCUUUGAAAGGUCUUGAAGAAUUGGAUCUUUCUCGCAACAAGUUAUCUGGUCAGAUUCCAAUAUCUCUUCAGCUGAUUUCCUUAAAAAAAUUGAACUUGUCUUUCAACCAGUUUGAGGGUCAGUUGCCAACUGAAGGUGUUUUCAGAAAUGCAACUGCAAUCUCCAUAUCGGGGAAUAAGAAACUUUGUGGGGGUAUACCAGAACUGGAGUUGCCAAUAUGUCCAAACACGGAACCUAAGGGAAGAGAUAAGUCCAGCAGCAUUAAGCUAAUGAUCCCUCUUCUUUCUGGACUUGUUGCACUGGUUUUGAUCAUGUCUUUAGUCAUGAUCUUUCUGUCAAGAAAGACAAAGGGAGAGCCUUCUUUAACAUCUUCACCGGUUACUUAUGAGAGCCUAUAUAGAGCGACAAAUGGAUUCUCUUCUGCCAAUUUGAUCGGAAAUGGUAGCUUUAGUUAUGUUUACAAAGGAGUACUUGAUCCAUGUGAAAGUAUGGUUGCGGUGAAGGUGAUUAACAUUGACCAACAAGGGGCUACUUCUAAGAGCUUCAUGGAUGAGUGUGAGGCCCUGAGAAACAUUAGGCAUCAAAAUCUUGUUAAGUUCUAUAAUGCUUGUUCGACUAGUGAUUUUGAGGGUAAUCCAUUUAUAGCUUUAGUUUACGAAUACAUGCCUAAUGGGAGCUUAGAAAGCUGGUUGCAUCCUGUUCGGGGAGCUGAUGCCUCAGCUAAUGAGGUGAGGAUCCUAGGUCUAGUUGAAAGACUAAACAUUUCUAUUGACGUGGCCUGUGCACUGGAAUAUCUUCAUCACCAUUGCCACAAUCCAAUCGUGUACUGUGAUCUGAAGCCGGACAACAUUCUUCUCGACAAUGACAUGACUGCCCAUGUAGCUGAUUUUGGAUUAGCAAUGUUUUGCUCAGAAGCCAUGAGCAAAUAUAGUUCACUUGGAUAUGCUGCACCAGAGUACAGCAUGGGAGGUAAUGCUUCCGCGUUUGGUGAUGUUUACAGCUAUGGGAUCCUUUUGCUAGAGAUGUUUACUGGAAAGAGACCUACUGACAGCAUGUUCGAAAAUGGACUGACUCUUCACAGUUUUGCUAAGACAGCUUUACUUGAUGAAAUAGUAGACCCCAUGCUUCUACCUAGGAGCAGCAGAGAAACACAAGAAGAGGAAGGAGUACUAAUCAAUCCAGACGAUUCUAGUAUAAAACAAGCACAGGAAUGCUUGAUCUCGAUAUUACAAAUUGGAGUUGCAUGUUCAGUUGAAUCCCCGAGAGAAAGGAUGGAUAUUGCGGAUGUUGUCAAGGAACUCCAACUAAUUAGAGACAUUCUCCUUGCUUCUCAUGCAAUUCACACCUCAACCAGCGGGAGCUUGAGGUUCGAAGGGUCUUCCAGUCGUUCUAUUACUAGUAACUGGCAAAAUUUUACAUCAUUUCGUCUACCUUGAGAUUUUUGGUGAGAGCACUUAGACGAGUCAGCCAAAAAGAAAGACCACCAAAAGAGGUGACCACAUUUAGUUUCGAGGUUGGCCUAACCUAACAAGAACUCGAGGAAUUUGGUGCAUACUUGUAUAUGAUUAGCUGAGCUGAGCUGUUUGUCUUGAUUUUGUUGUUAUAUGAAAAAUUACUUUUGCAGAUUGAAGAUGUUAAUCAUCAGUUCAAUCAUUUGUUCAUUUGGCCUAAUGCUGGUUAGUUUAGCUGAGUUUAAGCAAAUGGAAUUGUCUAUAUAUGAUGUUA